AUGGGCGCGACGGUCUCGUCGAGUUCGUGUAGCCCCCAGCUCAUGAAGAUGCCCGGCCGCCGGCGCGGCAAGAAGGCGCAGGGCUCGCCCCUGGGCCGCGUGUUGCGCAACUUCGCCGGGAGCGGCGAGGACAGCGACGGCAUGGACUGGGAGCCCACCGCGGACGCCGGUUCUGCGGAGCAGAUGCCCCUUCGCCGCGACGACGCCGCGGCCGCGCCGGCGGCGUUCGGGAGCCGGCGGCUGCUGCGCCACCGGUCGCCCGACGCCUACAUCGAGCUCACGCCGGACAUGGUCAUCGUCGUGCUCGGCUUCCUCGACGCGCCGGAGCGGCACGCGGCCGCUUCCCCGCCAAUCUGCCGGCAGCACCGGGACCGCGUGCGCGAGAACCGCGAGGUCUGGAUCCAGCUCUGCGCCGAGGCGCCCUGGCACGUCGCGCGGCCGACGCUCGAGGGCCGGUCCGUGCCCGAGCUGCGCCGGCUGCACCGGUCCGUGCUCGACGCGAGCUCGCGCGCGCGCGGCGCGUCCGUCGACGACGUGAGCCGCAUCAUGCGCGCGCACGAGGACGUCGCCGGCGUCCAGCGGCGGUGCCUCGAGACGCUGGCCGAGCGGCUCCACUGCGAGCGCGCGCGCAAGGCCGCGCUCGAGGCGCGCGUGACGGCGCAGGUCGUCGCGGCGCUCUGGGCGUUCCUGCCCGCGGCGGAGCUCCAGGUCGUCGCGCUCCACUGCGUCGUCUUCCUCGCGCGGCCCAUCGGCGGCGCCGAGGGCAUGGUCUUCCACCGGGGCAUGGCGAGCCAGGGCCUGGACGCGUUCCUCGGGAAGCGCGGCGGCAUCGCGGCGGUGCUCGCGUCGAUGCGCGCGCACGGCUCCGUGGACUCGGUGCAGGCCAUGGGCUGCUGGAGCCUCGUGAACCUGGCCCUGAACCACCAGCAGAAGCUGGAGCUGCUGAAGCUCCGGGGCCUGGACCGCGUGCUCGACGCGAUGGAGAGCCACCCGCGCGUCCUCGAGGUCCAGUUCCGCGCGCUCUUCGCGCUCAUCAACCUCGUCAUCCCCGAGGCGGGCGCGCUCUACGAGGACGACCUCGACCUCAAGGCCGCGAACAAGCGCGUCGUGCGCUACGUCCUCGGCGCGAUGGCCGCGUUCCCGGACAGCGAGAAGCUCGUCCGCUGCGGCUGCCUCGUGCUCCACAACCUGAGCCUCGACGACGGCAACGUGCCCCACCUCCUCGCCGCCGGCGUCUCGCUCCCCCUCCAGCGCGCCGCGAGGCACCACAAGGACGCGGACGUCCAGCGCUCCGCCGUGUCGACGCUCCGCCGCCUCGGCAUCGUCCUCCACCUCCGACGAGACGGCGACGACGACGCCGCCGAGCUCGUCGCCGCGGACGCCGCCGGCUAGCGGCCGGGACGGCCGCUAUGCCGGCGCGCCGCCCGCCCGAGAGAAUCCGUCUGUGAGUGUCCCCACCUUCUUCGUCCGAAAAAAACAAAAAACAAUCGCCCGGCCGGCGCCCCCGCUUCAAGCGCGGGGCGCCUCCGCGCGCGGCCCACGCCCCAUACGGGCCGCCCUUCAUAAACCUCGCUUGUUCG